AUGCUGCCGCCCGGGCUGCUGGCGGCGGCGCCGGCGGUGGCGACACGGGCGGCGCUCGUGGUGCUGGACCUGCAGGCGGACUUUGUCGAGGCGGACAGCGCGGUGGUCGGGCGGUGCGUGGCGCUGGCGGCGCGGCUGCGGCGGGCGGCGGUGCAGGUGGUGUGGGUGCGCACGGCGUUCGGGAGCCCGCGCGCGGCCUGCGACCCGGCGGCGGGCGCGCUGCUCGUGGAGGAGAGCGAGAGCGAGAGUUCAAGUGAGAAUGAGGACACCAAAGACGAGAGAGACAGGAACAAUGACGCGGUGCUGGCGGCCCCGUGCACGCUGGCGGGCGAGUUUGUGCCAGCAGUGCAAGCGGCGAUUGCGGCGGGCGACACGGUGCACGUCAAGACACACUACUCGGCGCUGCAGACGCCGGCGCUGCUGCGGGCGUGCCGGGCGCAGCUGGUGACGACGCUGUACCUGGCAGGCGCGCUGUCGCACGUGUCGGUGCACGCAACGGCGGUGGACGCAGCGCGGCACGGCUUCGCGGUGGUGCUGGUGGCCGACUGCCUGGCGUUUGCGUCGCCCGCACGGCACCGUGCCGCCCUGGCGCGCAUGCACGGGCUGCUGGGCAUUGCGGGCGUGCCGGCAGCGGAGAUCAUGCGGGAGGAGGAGGAGAAUAAUAAUAAUGAUGACGACCAGGAUCAGACGGCCGACGGGGAGGCCCUGGCGCAGGCGCUGGCCGGGCUAGGGCUCGACGACGCCCGCGCGGCUACCGCGGGUACCGCGGCUACCGCGACUACGACGACGUACGGCGCGGGCGACUCGCGGCUGGUCACGGGGCUGGCGCUGGACCCGGCGGCGUUCGCGACGCUGCGGCAAGACACGGCGUGGCAGCCCAUGCGGCACCGCGCGGGUCCCGUGCCGCGGCUGGUGGCGGUGCAGGCCGUGCCGGACGCGGCUACGGGCGGCCUGCCGCUGUACCGCCACCCGGCCGACGCGCUGCCGCCGGUGCAGCAGCCCUUCUCGCCCGCCGUGGCCGCCAUCGCGCGUGUGGUCGAGGGCGUGCUGGGCCACCCGGUCAACCACGCGCUGCUGCAGCGCUACCGCUCGCCCGCCGACGCCAUCGCCGACCACGCCGACAAGACGCUGGACAUCGCGCCCGGGUCCAGCGUCGCCAACGUCAGCCUGGGGGCCGAGCGCGUGCUGGUGCUGCGGCCAAAGCCCGUGCCUGCCGCCGGCCGGGAGCACGCCCGCCGGCCGCCCGCCCAGCGCGUGCCGCUGCCGCACAACUCCGUGUUCGUGCUGGGCCCGGCCACCAACCGCGCCUGGCAGCACGCCGUGCGCCCCGACCGCCGCCCGCCGCACGUCAAGACCCCCGCCGAGCGCGCGUGCGGCGGCGAGCGCGUCUCGCUGACCUUCCGCCGCAUCGCCACCUUCACCCACCCGACCACCCACGCCAUCUGGGGCCAGGGCGCGACCGCCAAGUCGCCCGCCGACGCCCAGCCCGCCGUGCACGGCCCCAGCGACGCUGCCGACCGCCUGGUGCGCGCGUUCGGCCGCGAGAACCGCCACGCCGGCUUCGACUGGGCCGCUGAGUACGGCGCCGGCUUCGACGUCGUCAACCUGGGCGGCGAGCAGACCGAAGCCAGUGACCAGGGUUAG